AAUCACAAGAUAGUUUUAUUCAACAAUUAACCUUAAAAAUAAUUUCUAUAACACCGCAUAAUAUUGGUUGUGAAAGAAUGUUUUCUGUAUUAGGAUGGAUGUGUUUAAGUCAUCGAUCAAAACUUUCUAUUGAAAGAAUAGAAGCUAUGGCAAAAUUACAUACUAUUAUUUUAAAUUUUACUGAAUUUUCUGAUGAAAUUCAUAAACAGGAAGAAGAAUUUGAUUUUAUUGAUGAUAAUAAUGAGGAUUUUGCUGAAGAAAAUGAGACAGAGAUUUUAAACAAAAAUAAUGAAAUUAUUAUAGAAAAUUAUGUUGAUUUUAAUAGUCAAGAAUUUCAAAAAGCUUUAAAUAUGGAUGUAAGAGUAAUAAUUGAAGAAACAGAAUAUAUUGAUCAUGGAAAUAAAAAUUUUGAUAUAAAUGCAAUAUUAGAUGCUAAUUUGAAUUAG